UUUAAUGAACUAUAAUUUUUUAACUUGUAGUUUUUAAGAAGAAUAUAAUCAUUUUCAUAUAUAAUAUUUUAAAAUCGUUAGUUUAAAAACACAUGCUGUAGCACAUUUCGAUACUUUCGAAAUAUUGAAGUCGCACACAAAACCAACAUGGGUGUCUUCGUGGUAUAUUUCAUUGGAACAAUUAUGUUGUCCCAACACACAAUGUGCGCCGAUCUUUCUUUGGAUUCAGAGGAAUCAUCAGCCAUAGCUGCACCACUCAGGCUUAGCCCCCAUGUUGAAGCUUCUGCUUUCAAACCGGACAACAAGACAAUCACUAGUACGACAAACCGGAGAACUCAGGGUAGAUCUUGGAAUCCGCAACCUAGGACAACAACAACAGAAGCUUCUGUGAUCAAAACAUUCAAUAAUAUGUCUGAAACUGAAAUGGUGCAUCAGGCGUGGCAAAAGUUUGAGAAGUCAGCAAAGAAACUUAUUGAUGGGCACAUGAAAAAGGCUCUUCCUAUGUUCUUGAGAAUGAGUUCCGAUGCUAAUCUAUCGGGAGAAUGCCAGAAAAGUAUAUUGGCCCUGGUGCAAGGAGUUAGAGGAAUGAAAAGUUGGGCUUAUAGAAUGUUGGAUGCAAGUGCCAAAAUUCCUUCUGGUAUACUAGAUGGUACAUUGAGUGACUUUGGAGAUUAUGACCAAUGUUUGGACAUAACUAAACUGGACAGUAAGAACCGGACUCAAUUCAGCGGUCAAUAA